UCCGGUUAUCAAAAAUGAGCAAUUCUUUUUAUCAAUGUGAAAACUCAUCUCUUAAUUAUCCAAACACUUGUCACCGAGUUUGUAAAUUUGAGAUUCCAGCGCCUUCACCUAAAAGAAUAAUCCCUGAAAAUGAAGAAACACCGGUUCUCUUAUUAGAAUCUUUCCAGCGACCAUCAAUUCUUAAUUUUGGUAAUGUGACGCUCGGUAAUAUAUCAACAAAAUCUUUCAAGAUCCAUAAUCCAGCUCAUUUUAUUCAAAAACUAGACGUUGUCAAAGUACCCAAGCCAGAGUUUGGAUUUACAAUAAAAGAAUCAUCUAUUGUUGUUGAUGAGAACCAAAGUGUGGAAGUUGUCAUCGAAUGGAAGCCUACAAAAGCUGGUGGGACUCGUCAAAAAGUUCACUUUAAGACCUCAUAUGGUGAAAGUUUCGAACUAAUUGUGAUUGGUGUUGCCCAAGAAAAAUGGAAAACUGUAACCAAGAGACGAGUUAAACCAAGAAGAAGACCUGUUAUAAAAUUGGAGAAAAUUGCUUUAUCUCCUGUUGAUCCGAAUGAAAUUAGAAGAGUUGAAGCGGCUAUUGUCAUUCAAAAGUUUGUUCGACGUUAUUUGGCUGUUAAAAGAUUCCGAGCUCUCAAAAGAGCGACCAUCACCAUCCAGAAACAUUUCCGCCGAUACUAUGCCCAAAAAUCAAUCAAUAGACGAAUAACUUUUAUCAAAGCCAAAAAAUCUGAAGCACUACAAGAAUUUUUUCAAUCAAUCCGUGAGAAUGGUCCGUACAAAAAACUAAUAUCAAAUGACCAGAAACUAGAGGAGUCCUCUGUUGAUCAUGAAGAAAAUUUCAAAAGAGAUAAAGCGGCUAUUGUCAUUCAAAAGUUUGUUCGCUGUCAUUUGGCUGUUAAGAGAUUCUUGGCUCUCAAAAGAGCGGCCAUCACUAUUCAGAGACAUUUUCGCCGAUACUAUGCGACCAUGAAACCACCCCAAGAACUUUGUCAAUCAAUCGUUGGAAAUGAAUCACUCGAAAAACUAAUGUCAGAUGAUCGGAAACAAGAGGCAUCAUCUGUUGAUCAAGAAGAGAGUUUUAAGUUAUGUUUGUUAAGAUUGGAGAAAGUGGAUUUAUCUCCUGUUGAUCCAGAUGAAAUUAAAAGAGUUGAUGCGGCUGUUGUCAUUCAAAAGUUUGUUCGCCGUUAUUUGGCUGUUAAAAGAUUCUUGGCUCUCAAAAAAGCGACAAUCACCAUCCAGAAACGUUUCAAAAAACUAUUAUCAGAUGCUAAGAAACAAGAGGAAUCAUCUGUUGAUCAUGACGAAAGUAUUAGAAGAGUUGAAGCGGCUAUUGUUAUUCAAAAGUUUGUUCGCCGUUAUUUGGUUGCUAGGAAUUUCUUGACUCUUAAAGAAGCAACCAUGAAACCACCCCAAGAACUUUGCCAAUCAAUUGUUGAAAAUGAAUCACUCGAAAAACUAAUAUUAGAUGAUCAGAAACUAGAGGAAUCAUCUGUUGAUCACGAUAAAAGUUUUAAAAAAGUUGAAGCAGCUAUGAUUAUUCAAAAGUUUGUUCGCCGUUAUUUGGCUGUUAAGAGAUUCCGGACUCUCAAAAGAGCGACCAUAACCAUCCAGAAACAUUUCAGAAAACGUAUUUCAGAUGCUCAGAAACAAAAGGUUCAUGAAAGUAUUAAAAGAAUGGAAGCGGCUAUUGUCAUUCAAAAGUCUGUUCGCCGUCAUUUAGCUGCUAGGAAAUUCAUUACUCUCAAAAGAGCGACCAUCACUAUCCAGAAGCAUUUCCGCCGAUACUAUGCGACCAUCAAACCACCACAAGAACUUGUUCAAUCAAUCGUUGAAAAUGAAUCACUCGAAAAACUAAUGUCAGAUGAUCAGAAACAAGAUGAAUCUUCUGUUUUUCAUGAUGAAAUUAAAAGAGCUGAAGCCGCUAUUGUCAUUCAAAAGUUUAUUCGUCGUUAUUUGGCUUUUAAAAGAUUCCUAACUCUCAAAGAAGCGACCAACACCAUGAAACCACCACAAGAACUUUGUCAAUCAAUCGUUGAAAAUGGUUCACCUGAAAAGUUAAUAUUAGAUGAUCAGCCACUAGAGGAAUCAUCUGUUGAUCACGAUGAAAUUAAAAAGAGAGUUGAUGCGGCUGUCGUCAUUCAAAAGUUUGUUCGCCGUUAUUUGGCUGUUAAGAGAUUCCGGACUCUCAAAAGAGCGACCACAACCAUCCAGAAACAUUUCAGAAAACUUAUGUCAGAUGCUCAGAAACAAAAGGUUAAUGAAAGUAUUAAAAGAGAUAAAGCGGCUAUUGUCAUUCAAAAGUUUGUUCGCCGUCAUUUGGCUGCUAGAAAAUUCCUGGCUCUCAAAGAAGCGACCAACACCAUCAAACCACCACAAGAACUGCGUCAAUCAAUCAUUGAAACUGGCCCACCCAAAAAACUAAUAUCAGUUUGUGUUGAUCAUCUUUCUGUUGACGAGUCCCUGCAAGUAAAUGACACUCCUGAGCUCCCAAUCGGAUUCCGUACAAAUCUUGCUCUAACCAAGCUAGUUAACUAUCGCAAAUUCAUUCAACUACAAUCGGCCCUUUCAUCACUCGAAACAACCACAAAAAUCUCACCCGAAUCUUGUAUAAAAAUCUCUUCGCCAAAAACCGUCGACACAAUUAUUAAUAUAAUCAAAAUGUCAAAUCGAAGCGAACCAUCAAAGAUCGUCGUCUCUUCUGCUUUCAAUAUUUUAUUGAAUUUAAUCAAGUAUGAUAAAACACAAGAUCUAAUUGUUACCUGUCACUCGAUAAUCAACUUAUGCAUCGAAAAGGCCAAGGUGUACAUUCGAGUCCAUCACAUUUCAAACAAAUGCUUAACUCUUCUUUAUUUGAUGAUAAUUAAAAAUGUCAACAGAGACCUAAUCAUUUGCGAUCCAAUAGUGAAUAAAAGUUUGAAAAGUUUAAUUAAUCUCGAAUCAUCAACAAUUAAGUCUCAUAAGAAACACAAGAUAACUAAAGAACUUGUUUUCUAUCCAUAUUGGUCAUCAGCGAAAAGUGUCAUGUACGAAUUCAAUGACCAUUUUACCGCUUUGGAACAUAUUAAUUACCUUUUCAAAGGAAAAUUAUUCUAAUUCCUUCAUCAUUAACUCUACAUUUUUUUUACACAAAUUCCAGAGAAGAAAAAAAUCUAAUAUUAUCAAUAAGACACUCAAUGAAAUUACUAUUUGAUUGAUCGAUGAAUCAAAUAUAUUGAUCAACAAGUUAUCACAACUAGAGCAAGAAAAAGUUAACAAUUAACUUCAUUUUUUUCAUAUAAAUGAAUUUGUAUCAUUUUCUAUUUACAAUCCGAUAUAUUCACAAUCAGAAUUAAUGUUGUAAAUCGCAUUCAAGUGAUUAAAUUCUCAUAAUUUGUCCAAUCGACAAAUGGAGUUACUUGACCUCUAAUUGUGAAACUUUAUCACAAAGGAAUUCGAAUGGAGUUAAUUUCAUCAACGGUCCCCCAAUUGUGUCAAUUCGAAGGCGCUAAAAUUGAAAGAACUUGGAAUUAUUUUGACAGAGAAUUAAUCUUAUUGUUGGUGAGUUAAUUGUGAGGAGUUUUUGAUCGGAAAAAGAAAUUGGAAUGUUAGAAGCAACUAUUAACAAAAUAGCAGAAAAAUUAUCUUUGUUUAUUUAAUAUAAUAAUAAUAAUAAAACGAAUAUAUAGUUAAAUACAA